AUGGGUAGGAGUUUAGUUGCUGAGGAACAAAACAGGAAAGGAGUCGACUCAGUUGCGCGACAAAACUAUGAUGUGUUUAUUAGUGAUGUUGGAAACACGGGUAAGCAGUCGUUCGGGUUCAUUUUAUAUCAGAAGCUUCUUCUCAUGGGACUGCGAGUGUAUUUUGACUCAGAAGAGGAGCUACAUCUGUGGGAUUCUUUACCAAUUACAAAACAAGACGCUAUGCGCAGUUCGUCUAUUCAUAUUGUUAUUUUUUCCAAGAAGUAUGCCGAACGUCCGCGAUGCCUCACGGAGCUCUCCUUCAUGUUGGAAAUUGGUGCCAAAAUUGUUCCUGUCUUCUAUGGCGUUUCACCCGCUGACGCGCGUUGGGCGAGGAGAAAAGAAGGGAUGUAUGCAAAGGCUUUUGCAAAUUAUUACAGAGAGGGCACACAUCAUCCCAAAGAGAUCGAAGGAUGGAUAAGAGCCUUAAACCGAGUUGGAAAUAUCAGUGAUCGGAUCAUUUUUCAUGGCGAUGGGGAGAUACUGUUGAAGAGUAUUGCGGAGAGAGUAAAGGAGAACGUUUCACUAGAGGUGGCUAAGCAUUGCGUCGGACUUGAUGAAACAGUUGAGAACUUUGAAAAAGCUACGAACCAAUCUUCAUCAGAAAAUGUUAAAAUCGUUUGGAUUGUGGGCAUGGCUGGCUGUGGUAAGACAACUUUGGCGAAAGAAUUAUACAACAGGAAAAGAUGGGUCUUUGAUAGGUCCUGUUUUCUUUAUGCCGUGGGAGAAGCGUCUAAUGAAAGUGAAUUGCGUAAGUUGCAGAGGAAGCUGGCGGAUGACCUGGUGCCCGAUGUGAAAGAUUUCAGACCGCAAAAGGAUGUUUUUUCUCAUCCUCUGAGAUCUAAUCGCCUUCUCAUUGUUUUAGAUGGUAUCGAUCAUGUGGAUCAAAUACAUGUCCUGUUGCCUACGAAGGACAGCGUUGGACCAGGGAGCUUGAUUAUAAUCACAACACGUGACAUUUCUGUCACUAAAUAUUGUGGAAUCCCGUUGAUUUAUGAAAUGAGAAAGCUCGAUCGGUCGCAUGCCAAACAGCUUUUCUGUUGGCAUGCUUUCUCUCAACAAAAUUCAGCUCCAGUAUAUGAAGAUUUGGUUGAACGCUUCUUAGACGCCACCAAUCUGAUACCUCUUCUUCUUGAGCGUUUAGCAGAGCAACUUUGUGGCAAGUCCAAGGAUUACUGGGAAUCUCAUUUAGGUGACAUCUCUAAUAAAUUGGAAGACCACAGCAAAUGCAAGCUAAUGUUAAAGUUUCUCUCCCUUAGCAAACAAGAGCAAGAGAUAUUGUUCGAUAUAUCUUUCUUCUUCAACGGAGAGAAGCUAAGUAUGGCAAUCCCAAUAUGGGAUGCAUCAGGUUGGAACGGUCAACGCCAUGUACAACAAUUGCGGAGUAAGUCAAUCGUAGAGCUUGACAAGGAAAACCGCAUCAGAAUGAAGAGGCACUUCAUAAAUAUUGGAAAAGUAGCAGCAUUCGAAAGGAAGCCUUGCCGUUUUUCUCUUCCGGGAGGAAUACAAGAGGCGAAUUACUCAGAAACAUCAAUCAGUAAGAACUUGAGAUUAUUGGUCAAGGACGCCAGGCAAAUUCCAAGGGUACUUGUUCUUAAUGGGGAGUUCUCAACUGGCGAAGGCUGGAUUCAGACAAGAGACCUACUAUGGCUUCGCUGGCACGACUGUCCACAUACAACAAUUCCACCAGGGAUUCCGCUAGAAAAAUUGCGAGUUCUCCAGCUUAUUAAUGGGGUCUUUAGUAAGUUAUGGCUUCCUAAUGCAAAGCAGCCGACGCAGUUGAUAGAGCUGGAUAUAUAUGGUGGUAUACGGAAGCUUCCAAAAUCAAUAGGACAUCUUCAGCACCUUCAAACAAUAGUAGUAGAUGGUUGGCCAGACAGUAAUUUGAAGGCACUACCAGAGGAGUUUUGUGAGCUAAAAUCUCUGAGUCACCUUACACUUCGAUGGUGUAGGGCAUUGACAUUGUUACCCAAAGACUUUGGUAAUCUGACAAAGUUGCAACAUUUAGACCUUUCCUUUUGCAGCCAAUUAAAGGAGUUGCCUCACUCUUUCAAGGAAUUGGUGCUUCUCCAACAUUUGGAUUUGCAAGGUUGCAUCAACAUGGGUAUUCCACCUCAUUUUCUUGGCAAUCUUAUAGGUAUCAAGCACCUGAAUUUUAAAGAUUGUAGAAAGCUUAGAGUCUUGCCAGCUCAACUUGCAUUGCAGGUGUCAUUGAAGAGCUUAUGUUUGGAAGGUACAAGUUUGCAAGAACUACCAAACGAAAUGGGGAUGUUAACUAACUUGGAAGUUCUUGAAAUAGGAAACCCUUCUCUUAGAAUAUUACCCCUCUCAAUAGGUAAUAUGAGGAAUCUCAAAAAAUUGAAUCUGGAAGGCUGCACAAGCCUCGCAUGUUUACCCAGCACCUUGGGGCUCUUGCAGGAUUUAUCAAUAAACAAGCCACACGUUCUGAAGGAAGCUGCAAAGAAGACAGAGUACAUGAACAGAUCUGUAUAG